UUCCAUAAAUAAAUAAUAAGUCCUGAUUCUUGUUUUCUUUCGCUGCUAUCAAUUGUUCUGUUAUACCUUCUCUGUCAAUCUCACCGGUCACCACCCACCACCGAUCAACCUCCUCUGCCCUUUCUUUGCCCCAUUUACCCUUCCCUUCUCUCCCUCUUUGAAUUAUCUUGCUGGUCACCUCGCCACCGAUCGGGCUACCACCGUCGCCGAGUUUCAUUCCGUUGGUUAUUGUCAUAGGCAGCCACACUCCAUCGCUGGUGGUUGAUACCUAUAAAGAUGCAGUCACAUUCUGGAGAUGCAUCCCUUGUGGUGAAAAAGGAAACAAGUGACUACACCGGUUCAACUUUUGCUGGUCAUCAAGAGAGAACUCUUGAAGGGCCUAUAGAAGUUUCUUCAUCUGAGGAGGAUGACUCUCAUGAAACAGAGGAUGCAGAGGACCAGUCUGCUGAAAAUGCCUCAAAGCAGUUGGUACUUUAUGAUCCUGUGUCUAAUGGUACUGGUGAAACUGAACUUUCUCCUCAACCAAUUCAGUGCAGGCCUCCAGCAUUUGGGAGACAUUUGGCUUCUAAUGUGCCUUCUAGAGUUUUGCCAUCUGUAGGGGCUUUCGCUGUCCAGUGUGCUAACUGCUUUAAAUGGAGGCUCAUCCCAACAAAAGAAAAGUAUGAAGAAAUACGCGAACAUAUUCUGGAGCAGCCUUUCUAUUGCAAAACAGCUUGUGAGUGGCGGCCCGAUAUAUCAUGUGAUGAUCCACCUGACAUUUCUCAAGAUGGCAGUAGGCUGUGGGCAAUUGAUAAACCGAACAUUGCCCAGCCACCUCGUGGGUGGCAACGGCUGUUACGGAUUAGAGGUGAAGGGAGUACCAAAUUUGCAGACGUGUACUAUGAGUCACCAUCAGGCAAGAGGCUCCGCUCAAUGGUAGAGAUCCAAAAGUACUUAAUGGACCAUCCAGAAUAUGUGCAAGAUGGCGUAACUCUCUCACAAUUUUCAUUUCAAAUCCCAAAGCCUUUGCAGGAGAAUUAUGUGAGAAAGCGUGCUGCCCGUGUAACAGCUACAUGUGAUGACACUAGAGCUCUUGAGCCUAAUGAAGUGAAUCCCCUUGCGUUGACCAAUCCAGCUGAUUGUACAGAUUUGCAGCUUGGUAGGCCAUCACUCCCACCACCAUCAUCCUAUCCGGCACCUAUUUCCGAUCCGUUUGAUCGGCCAGUAAAGAAGCAAGCAAGGAGGAUACCUUUUUAACAUAUGUACAGCAGUCAUCUGAAAAACAAUCAGUGGAGAUAGUGGUUGCGAUUUGUGAGCAUACCCAUGAUCCCUUGGUGAUUGCAUCUAUAUUUUUGCUCACAUGUUGUGUCAUAUGACAUUUGAGCAAAGGCCUCCGACGAGCCUUUGCAUGAAAGCGUGAAAAAAAUUGGCGCUUUUGGAAUGAAGGCUUAAGGGAGGCCUUUGCACGGAAGGGAGAGAACAUGAUUGAAGGAAAUAUGCAUAUUCGUUUUGUCUGGAAUGUGAAAAAAGAAACCCAAAACUAUAUGUAUAAGGAAGUCUGAUUGCAUUGGUUCA